GGUCACUCCGCUGCUUUUAGCUGCCGAUCCACGUGGGGAAGACAUGCCUUUUCAAUUUUUUCAACAGCACGGCUGCCAUAAAUCCAGACUCUCGGGUUCCUUGAAUGGCCAACGCUGGCGGUUUCUGAGGAGCGGUUUGGAUGACUUCAGAGAGGGCUUCCUUCCUUCCCUUGAGGGCAUCAUCACCCAACCGGCCAGGGGACCCAGCCCUCCUCUUCUCUCCGGGAAGCCUAAGAACCUUGUCAGAGCAUCCCAGGGGUCCCGAAAGAUGCUAACCGAGCCACAGAGCUACACUUCCAAGCUCAGCCUGGUGAGCCGAACACGAAGGGACCACAUUGCUCAAGCCGAAUACUGCCUCAGCCAACACCCUUUAGCGCUCUACCCACAUUUGCAAGAGAGCAUUCCUGCAGAGCUUUUCAAGGAAGUCAUGAGCGUCCUCGACCCCGAUGUGCUUCCUGCUAGUCAAGAACCUGAUGCCAACCUCGAGCGGGAACCCCGUCCUCCUUCUACAAUUCCGCCCCUCUUGGAAGACAAAAGAAACCGACAAGCGAGGGCCAAACGGGUCAGCUGCAAAGGUCCAAAAAACAAGGCUCCUUAUACCUGGUUCUCCCCCAUAGAAGUGGCAGCAAGAGAACUGGAGGCCAGGUUGAAUUACGUUCCACCUCUCGACGAGAACAUAAAGCAAGUCACCAAAGACCUUUGCGACGGGUUCGAUUCUCUAGGAGGAGAGAAAUAUAACAUCGAUGAAGAUGCUGUUCUAAGUAUGUUUGAUGAAGGUUACAAGACCAUGCUCCCUAUAUUUCUUCCAAUUCAUGUUGAGGAACUCCAUGAUCUACCAAUGGACUUAAGGAAGCAUGUUGGAAUGCCACCUUCUCAGGCCAUGAGGAAGAACCCUGAUCAGGAUGUUCAGUCUUCUAAGGAUCCUUGCCAGCCCAGAUGGGAGAAGAUCAGAUAUGGGGCUUGGUAUCUGGACCCCAAGACAUGGAAAAAACAGAAAGCAAAUGAACCUUUAGAAAACCCAAAAGCAAAAGAGAGCAACAUCAAGAAUUCCAGAAAGAUCAUAAGUGAAGAGAGUGCCAAGUUCAUACAACUUCAUGGAACUCAUGCUUUCAGGGAGUUUCUUGAAAGAAAAGGUUACCGGAUACCAGAGUUUUUGCAGCAGAUGCUGGAGGAACAGAAUGGUGUUGGACCAAAAGUGGGAGCUUUGAAGAACACCAAGAAUGAAUUCCAGAGAUGCAAAGAGCUCAAAGAAGAUUAUUCAUCAGUGAUGGGAAAUUAAUACAAAGACCCAAGCAUCCCGUGAUCAAGAGAACAGAAGCCUGCUACAGCUCUAUUUUGGAUGUUAUUUAAGUAGGAAUUCUCUGCUGAAUUGACAAGUUCCUUCAGGACAUUUGCAGAACUCCAGCUAUUUGAUCUGAUACAUAGAGCCCCUCCCCAACUGAUCUUCUAUGUAAGCAGGAUGAUACGUUUAUCCCACAGUCCUCUUAGACAGUGCAGUUUUCAGCAAUUCUGAGAAUGGAUUUAAAUGAAAAAUGAAUUAAG